CUACCCUUCUACAGUAUCUCUCUUGCAACGUAAUAAUCUGCUUUUGGCGUUGGCCGCCUCUUGAACUAAGCGACUGCCAGUUGAAGAACACAGAUCGCUUUCUUAUCUAUCAAUGGCGGAAGCCCAAAACGACAAAACUCCGUCCCUAGCUGAGGAAUAUUUGUUGAAGGGAAAAGAGGAGAAGGAAGAUGUGACUGUAAAACCUGCGGAAGUAAAAGAGGUUGAGACCCCAGUGACUGCCGAUUCUGAGGAAGUUGUCACUGAGAAAGCUGAGGAAACACCUGCUGCUGCUGCUGUUGAAGAAAGUCCACAAGUCACCCCUGCUCCUACUAUUGAAGAAAGCAGUGAAACCACUCCUGUUUCUCCUGAGGAAAACAGUGGUGAAGCUGCUGUAGCUGCUGCUGAGGAAAGCAGUGAAACUACUGAAAACUCGGACGAAAAGGAGAAAGAUGAAGAAGAGACACCAGAGAUAAAGCUGGAGACAGCACCUGCAGAUUUCCGUUUCCCAACUACAAAUCAAACAAGGCAUUGCUUUACCCGUUAUAUUGAGUAUCACCGGUGUGUAGCUGCCAAGGGAGAAGGUGCCCCAGAGUGUGAUAAGUUCGCAAAAUAUUAUCGUGCUCUUUGCCCUGGAGAAUGGAUUGACAGAUGGAAUGAGCAACGGGAGAAUGGCACCUUUCCCGGUCCUCUGUAGAUGGUGCUUCUUUUGCGAGCCUGGAUGUCGUUUGCUUCCUGCUGUUAAACCCGAGUUGCCAUUUUGAAUCCAUAGAUAAAAUUCUUGGUUGAGAAGUGAAUUCUCAGAGAUGUUUUCUAAAAUUUAAUGAGUUAAUAAAAAUUUUUGGCUUGUCAAUUAGAACUGGUUCAAGUCCAAACAAGGAGAUGUAUUGCUCAACACGAAAGUUAUUGCUUACCAUCUCGAGAUAAAGUUUUUUACCCAUCAUAUUUUUCCUGCGGCGGAGUGCUUGCUGUAUAAUGGUUUCAGGCUACUUAAUGGAGCCCGUUAUAUCUGUAGAAUUAUAUAUCAAAACUAAUAAUGAGAUCAGUCUUUUUCAGUUGGUAA